ACCCCGCAGUCCCGGGGAGGGUGCGGGAGGUGGGGCGCCCUCGGAACGCCUCGGGACCUGGGACGUGCGGCUGGACGGCCGCGGAGAGAGGCGGGCGCCUCGGUCGGGUCACGAGCCUUCGGAGCGCCCCCGCGGGGCUGACCACCUAGACCCCGCCGCAGCCCCCCAGCGGAAGCGCGCUGGGGCAGGGACACUGAUGGCCAUUGACCCCCGGAGGGCUUCCUGGAAGAAGGGACUGCUCCACGGAGGCCCGAAGGCGCAGAAGUGGGCGGAGAGAAAGGCGGGCCACUGUUAGCCCUGACCAUGAACCCGUCCUGACCCAGGCUCUGACCUCCUUCCUGCCCAGGUACCUGCUGGAGCAGCGAGACGUGGAGGUACUAUGCCUGCUUGUGUGGGCACGAGGAGCUGGUACUCUACCUUCUGGCCAAUGGAGCCCGCUGUGAGGCCAACACCUUCGAUGGUGAGCGCUGCCUCUAUGGGGCACUGAGUGACCCCAUCCGCCGGGCUCUACGCGAUUACAAGCAGGUCACAGCUUCCUGCAGGAGGCGGGAUUACUAUGAUGACUUCUUGCAGCGGCUUCUAGAGCAGGGCAUCCACAGUGACGUGGUCUUUGUAGUACACGGAAAGCCAUUCCGGGUGCAUCGCUGCGUCCUGGGUGCACGCAGUGCCUACUUUGCUAACAUGCUGGACACCAAAUGGAAGGGCAAGAGUGUCGUGGUUCUCAGGCACCCACUGAUCAACCCUGUGGCCUUUGGGGCCUUGCUGCAGUACCUGUACACAGGCCGCCUGGACAUUGGUGUAGAGCAUGUGAGUGACUGUGAACGCCUGGCCAAGCAGUGCCAGCUGUGGGACCUGCUCAGCGACCUGGAGGCCAAGUGCGAGAAGGUGUCUGAGUUUGUGGUGUCUAAGCCAGGCACGUGUGUGAAGGUGCUGACCAUCGAGCCCCCGCCUGCAGACCCCCGCCUCCGGGAGGACAUGGCGCUGCUGGCUGACUGUGCCCUGCCCCCUGAGCUCCGAGGUGAUCUUUGGGAGCUGCCCUUCCCUUGUCCUGAUGGCUUCAACAGCUGCCCUGAUGUCUGCUUCCGAGUGGCCGGCUGCAGCUUCCUCUGCCACAAGGCCUUCUUCUGUGGCCGCAGUGACUACUUCCGGGCCCUGCUGGAUGACCACUUCCGAGAGAGCGAGGAGCCGGAGACCUCAGGGGGCCCCCCAGCCGUCACCCUGCACGGCAUCUCACCCGACAUCUUCACCCACGUGCUCUACUAUGUGUACAGCGACCACACUGAGCUGUCCCCUGAGGCGGCCUACGACGUGCUGAGCAUCGCCGACAUGUACCUACUGCCAGGCCUGAAGAGGCUGUGUGGCCGCAGCCUGGCCCAGGUGCUAGACGAGGACAGUGUGGUGGGUGUGUGGCGCGUGGCCAAGCUCUUCCGCCUGGCGCGGCUUGAGGACCAGUGCACUGAGUACAUGGCCAAGGUCAUUGAAAAGCUGGUGGAGCGGGAAGACUUCGUGGAGGCGGUGAAAGAGGAGGCAGCGGCUGUGGCGGCCCGGCAGGAGACGGACUCCAUCCCGCUGGUGGACGACAUCCGCUUCCACGUGGCCAGCACGGUGCAGACCUACAGCGCCAUAGAGGAGGCGCAGCAGCGGCUGCGGGCACUCGAGGACCUGCUCGUGUCCAUUGGCCUGGACUGUUGAGCCCCUGGCUGGGCAGCCCCAGGGGCCAGGAGCUCCCCUGGAGACAAGCAUGUGUAUGUGUUUGUGUGCAGCUCUUCUUCCUGCUCCCUGCACAUUGAGGGCUUCAUGGUGGGUGCAGGGGGCUCAGUGGGGCUUCUCUUCCCUCCAUGAGCCUGGAGACCCCAGGGGAAGAUGCAUUUGGGAUGAGCCCCCUCCCCCCAAUGCACAAGCCAGCCCCCAAGAUCCUGGGGGUGGGCACCACUCAGGGAAACCUGGGGUGGGGGUGGGCUUUGGUCUUAGCACUUUCCUUCCCCAGAUCCCCCUCCCCACACCACCCCAGUCCCAAAUCCAGUCUUGUAGCCCUCACCCAGCCCUGGAUUGCUUCUCUAAGCCCGUGUUCCCAUGCACAGGGCCAUUCAGGAAGGGCUGGGGGAGUGUGUGUGGCAAUAAAGCUUGAAGGCAUUGUGGGAGCAUGA